CCGGGUCACCAUGGCCGCGCCUGUGUGAGUGAGGAGCAUUGCGGCCUCCCCGCGUCUCCCUGUCGUCUUGUCGUCAUCUGUCUCCUCGUGUCGUCAUCUGUCUCCUCGUGUCUCGGUGUAUCAGUCUCCCCGUCUGCCGCUGCCCCCUCGCCCCUUCUUGCCCGCUUCCCUCUGCAGCAGUGGCCGUCUCCACGUGUCUCUGUGUUCCCUUCCCUCCGUGUCUGUGAUCUUGUCACUCUCUCCUCUGUUCUCACUGCCUCUGCGUAUGCCGGCGUCUCCCGGCGGUCUGUCUCCUCCUGCUCCGCCUGUUCUCGUCUCCUCGAGAGGACCCACGAGCUUCCUCCUCCCUUCACCCCCUUGUCUCGUCCGGUUGUCAUCGGCUCCCCGCUCCCCCCGCUGUCUUCCCCGUCUCCCCGUCUCGUCGUCGCGUCCCGCCGCCCGGCCAUGCUGCUGUCCGUGGUGGUCCACACGCACUCGCUGCGCUACUUGGCCCCGGCGGCCGUGAUGCUGGGCUCGGCCCCGGCCUACGUGCUGUGCUGGGCGGCGGGGCGCGCCCUGCUGCUGCUGGCGCCCGGCCGGCUGCGGCGGCGCCUGGACGACCGCCUCUACGACCUCUACCAGAGCCUGGUGCUGCUCUUCUUCGAGAACUACACGGGGCUGGAGGUCGUCCUCUAUGGAGAUCUACCUUCUGAAAAGGAAAAUGUGAUUUACCUGUCCAAUCACCAGAGCACAGUUGAUUGGGUUGUGGCAGACAUGCUGGCAGUGAGGCAGAAUGCCCUGGGGCAUGUGCGCUAUGUGCUCAAGGAUGGACUGAAGUGGCUGCCCCUCUAUGGAUGGUAUUUUUCUCAGCACGGCGGAGUUUACGUGAAGCGCAGGGACCACUACAACGAGAAGGCCAUCGAGAGGAAGCUGAAGGCUCAAAUGGAGGCACAAAUCCCGAUGUACUUGGUGAUUUUCCCAGAAGGAACUAGGUACAACCCAGAGGCAGCAAAUGUUAUUGAAGCCAGCAAAGCAUUUGCAAACAAGGAAGGCUUGCCCGAGCUGAGCCACGUGCUGACUCCGCGUAUCAGGGCCACGCACGCUGCCCUCAAUGCCAUGAGCGACCACUUGCACGCUAUAUACGACAUCACCGUGGCGUACGAGGGCACGCUUGAUGCCGCCGGGCGACGCAAGACAGCCCCCAGCAUGCCCGAGUUCCUGUGCUGCGAGUCUCCGCGUGUCCACAUCCACUUUGAGCGCAUCGACAUCCAGGAAGUGCCACACGAGCCUCAUUUCUUCAAGCUCUGGCUGCACGAGCGCUUUGAGAAGAAGGAUAAGCUGAUGGCUGACUUUUACGAGCGAGCGGCCACGAAGGGAGGCGAGUGGGGCUUCCCCGGCAGCCCCAAGGCCUCCCGCCUGCGCCUUCGCCGUACGCUGCCAUCGGCCGUGUUCCUGGCCACGCUCACUCUGCCCAUGCUGCUCACGGAGACGGGGCGCUCCGUCUACUGGAGGACCUGGCUGUAUGGGACGCUGCUGGGCUGGGCCUGGGUCGCAGCGUUGCCUUGAGGCAGAAUCCGCUGCCCCCUCUCCUCAUGCUGCAGGUUUGAGUCCGGGGCAUUGAGUGAUGCUGCUCGAUGAUUGAUGUAAUGCUUUCAGGUGAAACAGUCAUUGGAAUGGAGCUCUCUUAUUCACAUUUUAAAGGUGACAUUUGGAAUGUGAUUUGUUGAUGUGUGGAUGUGUUGUAAUGAAUGCAUCAAGUAAAGUAUGCUUGAUACUGGUUCUAAAACUACAAUGAAAACAAUAUUGCAAGCCUCUUGAUAAAUUGCGCAGCUUAUGUUAGGCUGAAGAAGAAAAUAUAGCAUAUAAUGUAAAAAUUAUAGUUUUAGUUCUUGGCUGUGCAUUAUUGUGAAUGCUUUGUUAUGCUUUUCCUGAUUUUUUGGCACAUUUUAUUUUACUCAAAUGAGCUUAUCUCCACAAUGAAUGCAGUAGUUUAAUUAAUCUGAAAGCCAGUGUUUAAUCACAUUACACUCCAUGUUACCAACCCAUAUUGCGGUGGCUACAUUAUAUUUAAAUAAUUUACGAGUAAUGGAAUUGAAAAAUGCUGUACCAGUAGCCUCGCGGCUUAUUGAUUUGGCCCUUGUGAAAUAAAAAUGUAAAUUAUGAUCCAUCCGAAGCAGACUUCUGUAUGAGAAACAUUUGGCAGCCCUUUCCUUAUGAAAACAAAUGUCAUCUCUUAAAUCGCUCAUGAAAUUGGUACAAACACUGUUGCGUACAGUUUACAUUUUUAUUUCUCUUGCAUUUUAUACUUUUUUCUUGUUAAUGUCAAACGCAUGGAAAUGUUCGCUCUUCAGAGUAUGUGCCACAUCUGUUGUCUGGUCCUUGGACCUGUAAACACUCAGUUUGUUUGAGAUCUUUGAGAAAUUCGACCUUUGUUAAUAUUGGCCUCACAUAAUAUUGAUGUACAUUUGAACUAUUACACUUAACCAAGCAGAAGUUAAUUGCUGCAAUUGUAACAUAUAUAUUCUGGUGUUUCAAUUGCAGAAAUUAACAUUAUGUAACGUGCUAUUUUUAUUUAUUGCAAGUUGUAAACAUUCAUUGCUCAUCUUUAUAAAUAUUACCGCAUUGAAACACUGAAGUUAACACUGAGGCAUGCCCUUCACACUGGUGGUCUUGAGCCAGUGUUCCACAUUCCUGUUGACUUCUUACAGAGUACAUAUUUUAUCAAACGUGGAGGAAUUAUUGGCUAAGAAGACUCCCAACUGGAAUAUGAUCCCGCAACCUUCUUGUUGGGGGCGAAGUACUCUGGCACUGUGCCACCCUCCUGUCCAGACCUUAAGUAAUGAUUGAAGUGUACCAAGUCGUCAGUAGAAGGGCUGCAGUACUGACGCUGUCCGCUAGAGGGUAAUGGUGCGCAACAUCCGGUGUGUGUAUGUAGGGGUUGCAGGUGGAUGCGAGUCGUAAUGUCACCACUUCCACAUUCAGAUUAAUGUGCCGUUCUAUGUAUGUAUGUACUCACCUCGUAAAUAUUUUGCAAUUGAGUGAAUAACAAUUUAUGUUGGAUUUGUUGCAUUUUUAUGAAAUUGUAAGCACAUCUGAAAACAUGUGCUAUCCCAACAACCUUUGAGGGCCUGCAAGGCAGGAAAACACACCACCACAAUGUACUUUGAACACAGUCUUCACUGAGUAAAAAGCGCCAGGUUUGUGUUGUUACAGUUUAUAGUGUAUAAUGUAAACGUGUUGCUAGAUAUGUCUCCAUUUAAAUGUGUGAUGCAUAAUCGUUUAUGUAAAAGUUGUGGUUCAGUUAUUGUACUCUUACAAAUUGUUCUCAUGAGAUACAAGUUAAAUUACCCCCAUCAUGAAGUAUUCAAGUUGGUUCAGUUUUUUUUAUGCAUUUCCAGAACUCAAUUUAAUCAUUCCUUUGUCCUCUGAAACAAGGACAUUUCAUAUCAAUUUUGGCACGAGUAUUGAAAGCAUACCAAUCAAGAUAUUACUUGACAGGAAAUAAAUGAAAGGUCUUUAAGAAACACAGUUUCACUGCAUUCCCACUGUACUUGAUGGUUAACAGCCAUGACUUUGAUCAGAAUGUACAAUCAGCCUCAGCUUUAAUAAUCUCAUUUGGGAUCUCCAUUGUUGUUGUCAUUGUAUUCUUCUAUUUAGUUUAAUUUUGCCAUAGAAACAACACCAAGUAUUUAUCGUAUACAAAACAAGUCUAUGUCAUAAGCUCAUGAGCAUUUAUGAACGGCUUGUUUCAUUUUCCCUUGCAUAAAAAUCACAGCACUAUUUACCACUGAACACUGCACCAUUGCAUAUUGCUACGUCUUUGAGGAUUUUGUUGUAGUGUCAUCUGGCCAAACUCCUUGUCCUUUUGACAUGUUUUUUUAGCAGUGAAAGUUUACAUGAAAGCAGUACGUUAUGGCGCUUUGUGGCACUUUCAGAUGUCAUGAGGGUGUGGUUAGCAGUGUGAGUGAAGGUAUUGGUGUGCAUGUGGUUGCAGUACAUUGCAGUUGGAUUUUAUAUCUCAACUCCUCGUGGUCUGGAGUCUGAUUUAGGCCAUGAGGCAGAUAAUUGCAUACAAUGCGUGUGUGUAAUUAAUAGCAUGUAUGUAUUUAGUGUCGUACACACAAUUGUAUGUUGCAGCAUUUUUUUAUUCAUACUGUGAAAUUAAAUUACCAUAGUAUUCAAAAUAUACAUUUUAGAUAAAGUGUCUUAGUUAUUAUUUAACAAAACCCACAGCAAGUCAUUGUCACCAAAUUGGCAAGUAAAACAUGUGUUUUUCACACUUUAUAUUUUAAUACAUCUCGUAUAAAAUGUUCACAUGAAAAUGUCUACUGUCUACAGCACACUGCUCUCUAAACUAGGGCUGCAAUGGCAGUAUUGGCAAAGACUUGACCCUGUGUGGUGUGUGACUGAAGUCCCAUGUCCAGCUCAUUACCAUCAGGAUUACCCUUGAGAAUGGACGGGAGGGUUGGAGUUGGUCAUUAAAACGUUAACGUCACUUGAGCUACAUACUAGCAUUACAGAGUAACUACAGUUUACAAUCUGUGCUUAAUAAUGCAUGAGAGGGGUUUAAUGACUCAUGCAGUGAUAGCGAGUUACACUUAGUGUUGUAUUUUAGUAUGUACUCAUCAUUAGAAGUUCAUAAUGAGUUUAAAGGGGUACAUUUUGUACUGUACUACAACAUGUUGCGCUCACCAUACAAAUAGUACUAAACAAUGCAACUGUUAACGUUUAAAAAAUGCUGUUACUACAUUUCCCAGGCCAUGGCUCCAUUUUAACUUCCAUGGUCAUUCUGGGCGAUGAAUGAUUAAUGAUUUCACCAAAUGAUAAUGACAAUAAUAAAUGACAACCUCUACAGUGCCGUAACAUGGCAAGCCAUUACAAGGCCGAUCGAGUUCAAAAUACCAAUACAGUAUAUAUGCUUGCUUUUAUAGGCAUGCCUUACGUUAACAAAAAAUCACAAAUCACAUUAAAACACACUUUCAAAUGAUGGAAUGGGUUAACUUUUUUCUAUGUAUUGUCUAGAUGAAAUGUGCCAUUGGCAUGACUUGGAUAUAACGUGCCGCGAUUGUACGUAUACCUCCUGAGAUAUAACACACUCCUCGAUACGCUACUCAUUUUUGGAAUUCAAACAACCCUUGAAUUGCACUAUGUGAAUGUUAAUGCCUUUGCUACAAUGCUAAUAUCCGUGUUGUGGAGUCGUGGAGGGUGCUGUGGGGCCCCCUGGUGGAGCCUGGAGAUGCCUCGUGGCAGAGAGCCUCUGUUUAACUGCAAUGCUGCUGACCGAGCGUGUUGCUCAGAAAAUACGAACAAGCAGAAAUACAUCUGCAGAUGUAUUUAAAUCCAUAAGUCAUCCAUACAAUCUGCCUUUUACACAUUUAAUUAGUUGAUACACGCAAAUCCAAACAAUUCAAUGUGUGAUGGAAAAAAUCGACGCAAAAUUAAAAAGAUAAUUUCACGGCAUUGUUUUUUUAAUUAUAAUACAGUGGCUAGGGUAGCCACUUUUACAGUUUUAAUAAACACAGUUCUCAAAUGGCCUUUCCUGUGGCUAAAUAGUUUAAAUCGGUGCACAUUACCCACUGUGACAUGAAUCGUAGAUGUGUACACUGACAAAGAAAAUUUUAUCAAAAAAUGAAAAGUGCAUCGGCAUGUAGAGAUGUUUGCUGGGAAUUGCAUGGAGAGACAGGAAGACGUGGUUCAGAGACCACAAGCAAAUGAGAGUCAAAUUGACUGUCAAGGAAAGUAAAUGGGCUUGGGCACAUUGCUAGAUUGGCAGCCAAAUGUGCUGGAAGGGAAAGACGACAAGAUACCCGACAGGGUGACCAUGAUGGAGAUGGAGCGAUGAGAUUAGCUCACAUGUAGGAGUCAACAUAGAUUGGUGGUUCACAAGGCCAUGAAGGAUGGUGUUGGCAGAGGCCUUCAUAAAGCAGUGGAUAGAUGUGGUAUGACUUAACUUCCUAGUAAGUGUAUUUUAGGAUUAUUUUCUCAUUUAUUUUACUAAACUAGCCUACUCUUCCGAAUGUUAUUGUAUCAAGUAUAAAUUCAAACGAUACAGGGGCAUGCUGCCCAUUCACUGAGUGGCAAAGAGGACAAAUGAGGCAGCACUCGAAGAAUGACAAACAGCCAAGGGAUCCCUGAAGAAGAGGCAACAGUGGCUUAAAGAUAAUCACCCAAGGGAUGUGUGAUGGAAGAGGCGUCGUAGGGAAAGCCCAUCAAAAAGAUGGGAGUGAGUGUGUCCGUAGGAAGAAUGCUGAAAGAGCAGAGGAAGUGGAGGAGGAUCAUGCUUCAUUGUGGAAAGUCCCACAGAGGAAAUGUGAAACGAUUACAAGUUUAAACAUAGCAUUGCUUCAUAAUACAUUUAUUUUCCCACUGGAUAAUGUUUAAAAGUGGACAUUUUACAUUCUAACUUAUUAACAGCAUUAUGAUAUCGUUUGUAAUUAUUUUGCUCAAUCAGAUGCAAAUGUGUCAGUAUACUAAUCCACCGAUGCACUGAAUACUAAUUUUGUUAAUUAUUUUUGCAUAUGAGUCCUCAGAUACAGUGCAAGUGCCUAACGUAACGCAUUAUAUUUAAACAUCUGCAUAGAGUUUAUGCUGUACACUGUCUGGCGAGAUUUGUCUUUAUCUGUCAGAUUAUUGCAUUUAACAACAAGGCUCUUCAGGGUGGUAUUUGAGAAUCUUGCAAUUUUAAACCUUGGGUUGACCUAGGACGUACUGACGUUCACAACACCGGUACCGCUUUCAUGAUCCUAUGCAACGUAACAUCAUAAACAAAGGCAAUUAUAAAGAGUCACUUUGUAUUUUGCAAACAAACCCCAGUGGUCUGCACCUAUAGUUCUCCGGUUCUGCUCUCAUCCUUGUCUACCACCUGUUGUCCAAUACUCAUAUUCUCUUCAUUCACAUGCAGAUGAGAGAGGGUACUUGUGACAUGCAUAAUAUGUGAUGUAAGGAGCAGGGCCAUGGUGUGUGGGUAUUGGGUGAGCUGAUAACUAUUGGUCCAGCUUUUGUAUACAACUUGCCUUUAUAAAAGAAAAACUGGAAUUUGGCUGUCAUUUAAAUACAAUUGUAAAUGUGUAUAUUAAAAAAAAAUGUGAGUUCAAAGUUGAAGGUGAGUUUCAACAAACCAUGUUAUACAGAUUAAGGUUGCAUGCUUCAUGUAAUGAGUGGCCUUCAAGGAGGUUAGAUUUUGAUUAACCUGGCUAAAUUAGCACUCGCAUAGCAAUGCCGUGACAUACCGAAGGUUGAUGGAGCCUCUUAAAUUCCAGACCUCGAGCCUCCCCGACACGUUCUUAUCAGUGUCCUCUUCAUGGCUAUGUGAAGGAUAAAGGUGCAUGGUGCAUCUGUAUAUUACUAAACAUGGCAAAGCUAAACUAGCGGGAGGCUGAGGACUGUGGUUUAGGAACAAAGCUUUAUAAUGUAAAAAAAAAGUCAUAGUUUUGUUUUACAUUUUGUCAAAAUGAUAUAAUAAACAUUUAAUGAAAGCUGGCAAACCUGA